AUUCACAUGCUCUGGGCGGUGUACAAACGAGCAACGCGUCACUGGACCCACCUAAGGCUUAAGUUUCGGGCUGAACCCACUAGGCUGGGCAAUGGAAACGGGAUCUGUAGCAGGGAGUAGUCCGUUGCCGAGUGUGCAACUAUUGCUCUGGGCGUGGAAGAAAGGAAUGCAUUUUCAGGAGGGAGAGCAGCGGCGGAAAGGCAUUCAGACGCUGCAUACACCGGAUCAGACUGAGGCAGAAGUAAAUCCCAAGGCUUAUCCACUUGCCGAUGCUCAGCUUACCAAGACUCUUCUAGAUCUUGUACAGCAGGCGUGUAACUAUAAACAGUUACGAAAAGGGGCCAAUGAAGCUACUAAAACAUUGAACAGAGGAAUUGCUGAAUUCAUUGUGAUGGCUGCUGAUGCUGAGCCUCUGGAGAUCAUCCUUCACCUUCCACUUCUUUGUGAAGACAAGAACGUUCCCUAUGUAUUUGUGCGCUCCAAGCAGGCCCUUGGCCGGGCGUGUGGAGUUUCUCGGCCUAUUGUAGCUUGCUCCAUUACCAUCAAAGAAGGCUCCCAGCUGAAGCCUCAGAUUCAGUCUGUUCAGCAAGCCAUUGAGAGACUACUGGUGUAAAUCUGUUAGAUCGCUAAUGUUAAACAAAAGCAACUCAGAAAAUUAAAGUUUAGUUUAUCUUUUUUAUUUUCGUAAUUGUAGUCUACUGCUUUUGUUUUGUUGUCAACUAGAUCAAUCCUUUCUGUCUUUCUCAGUUAUGCUUGUUCUAAUGAGAGAAUGCUGUCAUUACUUCUACAUUCUUCUUUCCAAGGAGGAACAGUAUUUAUCCAGUGGGAUAUAAUUGAUCUAUGUUAGCAAUGAACAAGUUUCAUUUGCAAAUGGCUUCGGGGGUGAACAUAGCAAUCCAGUAAAUGCAAAGCACAUGUUCUUGCCAAUAUAAUGCCCCCCGAAGCUACUUUAGUCUGUUGUAUUCCUUGUCUCCAUAGUAGUGCACAUACAACAAACCAGGCUCACAUGCUUGAUUCUAAAGACACUGGUAGAAAUAAAUGGCAGAUAAAAGCCCUAAAUGAACUGGCUUUAACUUUUUAAGAAAAUAAAUUACAGUUGGUUAUAUA